AUGAAAGAUUCAUCAUCUGGUUACGGAAGGACUCAUCCCAACAUUGCUGUCGUAAAGUAUUGGGGGAAAACAGACGAAACAAAGAAUACACCUUCCAAUCCAUCAAUAUCCUUUCCUCUAAUAAACUUCUUGACAGAGACUGUUAUUGAAUAUUCUAUGGAAGAUACCUUCUACUUAAAUAAUGAAAUGGUUACUAUUGGAGAAAGAAUGAAUCGUGUUGUGGAGAUAUUUAGAGACAGAGCUGGAGACGGGAGGCCGAUCUGCAUCAAAUCAUUUAAUAGCUUUCCUCAUUCUUGUGGGCUUGCAUCCUCAGCAUCAGGAUUUGCUGCAUUGGCAUUGGCCCUGAACGACUUCUAUAACCUUGAAACAUCGGAAGAAGAGUUGUGCAGAAUUGCAAGAGUUGGGUCAGGAAGUGCUGGAAGAAGCAUAUGCCCAGAAAUCUGCUUGUUCAAUGGCAUAUAUAUUGAAAAGCUACCACCUUGGCCAGAAAUAAGGAUUCUUUCCAUUAUAUUGUCGGGGGAUUGCAAGAAAAUAGGGAGCACGGAGGGAAUGAUAAGGACAAGGUAUACAAGCAAUUUAUAUCAGGCUAGGCUGUCCGGAAUGGAGGAAAAAGUCAAGGCCAUGGCCCAGUACAUCACUCACAAGGAUUUCGAUGGGUUUGCUCAUCUCACAAUGAGAGAAUCCAAUGAACUCCACAGCAUUCUUAUGGAUACAUAUCCUCCAAUUAGAUACAUAAGAGACGAUGGAUUCAAUAUCAUUGAAAUGUGUCAUGAGUUUAAUAGAGACAGGGUGAAGAUUGCCUACACAUUCGAUGCAGGCCCAAACCCAUUCCUAAUAACCUUGGAACGAUACCUUAAUGAAGUAGAGGAUUUCUUCAAGGCUUACAAAUUAAUUCCAUGUAACUACUGA